CACGGCGGGAGGAGGCGCGCGUCUGCGACCCGCGUCCACCCAGCGGCCCGCGCCCCGGGCCCAGCCGCAGCCCGCAGUCCUUCCGCGCGGGAAACCAUGGAGGGAGUGAGCGCACUGCUGGCCCGCUGCCCUACUGCUGGCCUGGCUGGCGGCCUGGGAGUCACGGCAUGCGCCGCGGCCGGCGUGCUGCUCUACCGGAUCGCACGGAGGAUGAAGCCAACACACACAAUGGUUAACUGCUGGUUCUGCAACCAAGACACACUCGUGCCCUACGGGAACCGCAACUGCUGGGACUGUCCUCACUGUGAGCAGUACAACGGCUUCCAGGAGAAUGGCGACUACAACAAGCCAAUCCCUGCCCAGUACAUGGAGCACCUGAACCACGUGGUGAGCAGCACACCCAGCCUCCGCGACCCCGCACAGCCGCAGCAGUGGGUGAGCAGCCAAGUCCUGCUAUGUAAGAGGUGCAGCCACCACCAGACCACCAAGAUCAAGCAAUUGGCUGCCUUCUCUCCACGUGAAGAGGGCAGGUACGACGAGGAGGUGGAGGUGUACCGGCACCACCUGGAGCAGAUGUAUAAGCUGUGCCGGCCGUGCCAGGCAGCUGUUGAGUACUACAUCAAGCACCAGAACCGACAGCUGCGUGCCCUGCUGCUCAGCCACCAGUUCAAGCGCCGGGAGGCCGACCAGACCCACGUGCAGAGCUUCUGCUCGUCCACAGUGAAGGCCCCAGCCCAGGUCAUCCUGCUCCGUGCCCUUGCCUUCCUGGCCUGCGCUUUCCUGCUGACGGCCGCGCUGUAUGGCAGCAGUGACCCCUUUGCCCCCGGGGCUACCCUGCCCUUGGCCCUGCCACCUGGCGGCAAUGGCUCUGCCACACCCAACAACAGUACUGCACCUGGGGCUGACAGCUGGCGGCAGCUGCUGGGCCUGCUGCCCGAACACGCGGCAGGGAAGCUGCGUGAGGCCUGGGCCUUUGGGCAGAGCCACCAGAUGGGCGUUGUGGUGUUGGGCCUGCUCACCUGCCUCCUGGCCAUGCUGCUGGCUGGCCGCAUCAGGCUCCGUAGGAUCGACGCCUUCUGCACCUGCCUGUGGGCCCUGCUGCUUGGGCUGCACCUGGUGGAGCAGCACCUGCAGGCUGCCUCGCCCAGCUGGCUAGACACGCUCAAGUUCAGCACCACGUCCCUGUGCUGUCUGGUGGGCUUCACGGCAGCUGUGGCCACAAGGAAAGCAACAGGCUCACGGAGGUUCCGGCCCCGAAGGUACUACCCAGGAGACUCUGCCGGCCUCUUCCCCACCAGCCCCAGCCUGGCCGUUUCUUGCCCAAGUGUCGGAGGCUCUUCACCAUCCCUGUUCAUCCCCACCCCACCUGGCUUCCUGCCCCUUGCCAACCAGCAGCUGUUCCGGUCUCCCCGACGGGCCUCACCCUCCUCACUGCCAGGCCGCCUCAGCCGGGCCCUGUCACUGGGAACCAUCCCCUCUCUGACGCGAGCAGACUCCGGCUAUCUGUUCAGUGGGAGCCGCCCACCAUCUCAGGUGUCCCGGUCUGCGGAGCUUCCUGUUUCAGAUUACUUCUCUCUGCUAUCUGGGAGCUGCCCUUCCCCGCUCCCUUCCCCAGCACCCUCCGUGGCUGGCUCAGUGGCCUCCAGCUCUGGCUCCCUGCGACACCGACACCGCAGGCCCCUCAUCAGCCCUGCCCGGCUCAACCUGAAGGGCCAGAAGCUUCUGCUGUUCCAGACCCCGCCUGGGGAGGCCCCCGCCACCCCCAGCAGCUCGGAUGCUCACUCACAUCACAAUGGCAGCCUCUUUGCCGUGGAGCCGCCCCAGGUCCCCCGGCGGCAGCCCCUGCAAGACACGAAGCAUGCUGUGGAUGUGAGAUCACAGCCAGAAGGAGGCAGUGCCUGCAGCAGCCGCUCCAUCAAAAAAGAGGAUGACUCAUCCCAGUCGUCCACCUGUGUGGUGGACACCACCACCAGGGGCUGUGCAGAGGAGGCCAUAGCCUGGAAAGGUCGUUUCAGCCCCUCCGUGAUCCGGGGCCUCCUGGCCGUGAGCUUGGCUGCCAACGCCGUCUUCACCUCAGCGUACCUAUACCAGAGCCUGCGCUGACCCACUGUCAUUGACCGUCAGCGGGUAGCACCCGGUGCAUGCUGUUCCCACCACUGCCGGCCUCAGAGCCCUCCCUGGAUGGGCCCUUGUCUCCAGGGCCCUUGACCUUCCCGGACUAGGAGUCCCUGCCCUCAGGACAACUGCAUCUCGUCCCCUGACAGACAGCAGGGCUGAGUGUGGGUUUGGGGUCACACACUCUGCCUACCCAUCUCCUUGGCUGACUUUAGUUGUGUGUUUGGUGCUGACAUUCUGACCCCAAAGCCAGGGAUCCCCAAGGGCUGCAUGACCCUGGGGCCCCACCCCCCUCUGCCGUUCUGCCCUGUCAGGACGUGUGACUACUGUAACCACCACAGUAGUGCCGGGCUGCCCUGGACCCUGUGCCCUGGGGCUGUGCUCACAUCUUCGUACUGUAUUCCCUGUGGCCCCAAGGAAGGGUGUCAUCCGACCUGCCUUGCCCUUCUUUUGGGGGUGUGCAGAGGGUCACUGGCUCCUCACAGCCCCUGGGUCUCGGCAGCCAGGAGCCCGCUGGACCUUAGGACCUGCCCCUCCUAUGGUCCCCCUCUCCUGCUGCGUGUACCCCUGUUUUGUGACCUAUGGUGACUUUCCCAGGAAGCAGCCCCUUUACCCCAAGGACACAGAGCCCAGGGCCUACCUUGCCCCAUUUCUCUAGGCCUGGCUCUCUGGCCCCUGGGCUGUACCUUAAGCUAUAGGGCAGGUAGGGUGGGGUCCUCCAGGUGUCAGGUUCAGCCGAUCCCUCCCCACCCUGCUGGGCACCUGGCUCCUCUCAGCCACUGAGACCCAACUGUCUUUCUCUUGCAUUGUGUCCCCUCUGGGCUCCACAUGACCUCUGUCUCCCAGGCCACCCCACUAGUGUUUUUUCCUGCCCAGUGCCCUUGGUCCCACCGCCGCCUUCUGCCUGGCUCUGCCCCAGGGAGGAGGGAGAAGGGGCCUUGGUCUGGACUGGGCAGGGUGAGUACAUCUGUCCCUCAGAGUCUGUGCCACUAAGGGAGGAAACGGCUGCCGCAGUGAGUUCUGAGACUUAGAGUAGGGGCACGGGGGCAGGAGGAAGGGUCUUCACUCUGUCAUUCAGGGAUAAAGUUUAAUUUUAUUUUUCUACAUAUUUGCCAGGUAAGGCAUUUUGCUGAUAAGCAGGAUGUCCCCAGUUCUCCCUGCUAGGGAGGUUUCAUUUUUUUAAGCUUUGGGUGCUUUUUUAAUAAUUUGUUUUAACAUGGGGAAGGAGAUUGUGCUGACUUCACCUUCCCCCUCCUAUCCCCUGAGCUCCCCACACUGUGCCCUGCCCCGUCCACCCCUAGAAUGUGGGGAGCGGAGCGGGGUGGUGCCAGGACUCAAGUCCAACUGCCACAGAUGGUUCCAACUUGGAGAUGGUGCCUCCUGGUCCCCAUUUGUGUGGUGGGCAUGUGUGUCGAGUUUUUUAAUUUUAUUUUUUGCUUAACCAAACCAAACUCCAUUCCCAGACACCCUUCCUUGCUGGCUCCUCUCACAGCCAGGCUGGCCUGGCCUGUCCUGCCCCGACUGUGGUCCCAGCAUCCCCGGGGGACAGGCUAGGCGGGAGGGGGUUUUACUUUUGUUUCACACAGAAAACACAACCUUAUUUUUCUUUACAAAAACAAAAAAGGAAACCAAAAAAGAUACAGCCUUUGAACUAU